AUGAGUGUCUCUGCUCUGAACCCCACCAGACUCACAGGCAGCAUCUCUGGCUUCCUGCAAGUGGUCUCCGUGCUCGGCUUGCUUCUGCUGCUGCUCAAAGCGGUCCAGUUCUACCUGCAGAGGAAAUGGCUACUCAAGGCUUUCCAGCAGUUCCCAUCCCCACCCUUUCACUGGUUCUUUGGACACAAGGAGUUCGAUGGUGAUCAGGAGCUACAGCUGAUUAAGAAGGCUGUGGAGAAUUUCCCAAGUGCCUUCCCUCGCUGGGUAUGGGGGAGCCAAGCUUACUUUACUAUCUAUGACCCAGACUACAUGAAGUUGAUUCUAGGACGAUCAGAUCCAAAGGCGCAUGGAGCCUACAGAUUGCUGGCUCCUUGGAUUGGCUAUGGUUUGCUCUUGCUGAAUGGACAGCCAUGGUUCCAGCACCGGCGCAUGCUGACCCCAGCCUUCCACUAUGACAUUCUGAAGCCCUAUGUGAAAACCAUGGCUGACUCUGUCCAGCUGAUGCUCGACAAAUGGGAACAGCUGGCUGCACAGGACUCCUCUAUAGAGAUCUUUCAACACAUCUCCUUGAUGACCCUUGACACCAUCAUGAAGUGUGCCUUCAGCCACAAGGGUAGUGUCCAGGUGGAUGGAAAUUAUAAGACCUACAUCCAGGCCAUUGGGGACCUGAACAAUUUAUUUCAUUCCCGUGUGAGGAACAUCUUUCAUCAGAAUGACACCAUCUACAGUCUGUCCUCCAAUGGCCGCUUGGCUGACCGUGCCUGUCAACUUGCCCACGAUCAUACAGAUGGAGUGAUCAAGAUGAGAAAGGAUCAGCUGCAGGAUGAGGGAGAGCUGGAAAAGGUCAAGAAGAAGAGACGUUUGGAUUUUCUGGACAUCCUCUUGUUUGCAAGAACAGAGAAUGGGGAUAGCUUGUCUGACAAGGACAUCCGUGCUGAGGUGGACACAUUCAUGUUCGAGGGCCAUGACACCACAGCCAGUGGACUCUCCUGGAUCUUCUAUGCUCUGGCCACACACCCUGAACACCAACAGAAAUGCAGGGAGGAAGUUCAGAGCCUCCUGGGGGAUGGAUCCUCCAUCACCUGGGAUCACCUUGACCAAAUGCCCUACACCACCAUGUGCAUCAAGGAGGCCAUGAGGCUCUACCCACCUGUCCCAGGUGUUGUCAGAGAGCUCAGCACACCUGUCACCUUCCCUGAUGGGCGCUCUUUACCCAAAGGUAUCUCAGUCAUCCUCUCCAUUUAUGCACUCCACCACAACCCGAAGGUGUGGCCAAACCCAGAGGUGUUUGACCCUUCCAGGUUUGCACCAGAUUCUCCCCGACACAGCCAUUCAUUCCUGCCCUUCUCGGGAGGAGCAAGGAACUGCAUUGGGAAACAAUUUGCUAUGAAUGAGCUGAAGGUGGUUGUGGCCCUGACCCUACUCCGCUUUGAGCUGCUGCCAGAUCGCACCAGGGUCCCAGUCCCCUUACCACGACUUGUGUUGAAAUCCAAGAAUGGGAUCUACCUGCAUCUCAAGAAGAUCCACUAAUUCUGUUCUGGAUCUCAGAAGUCUGAAAUGGCAGAAAACCAAGUUUCUGGAG